AUGCGUCUUGUUUGUCAUGCAAUAUUCCGUCUACUCCUCGCACAAAUCGCUUACUGCGCACCAAAGGUUUAUCAAUUCUACGUAUUGUUGGACGAUUUUACUCUUCAAUCAAUCUACAUUGGCACGAACAGAACGCAAUUAAGGGUGGGAUUGUCGUUGGCCAGUCCCGACAACAUCAUUGUUGAUGGAGUGUGCGGGGCAGACUAUGGAAAAUGCCGGAAAUAUUGCGAUGUCCGUAAGUUGGGCAAUGUGCUAUAAGUCUGUCAAUAUUUUAGCAACCCUAUGUUCAAUUUAUUGCAAUCCAAUUUGCUGUAUGUCAAGUACGUUGCGCCAGCUUCGAUGCGAAGGGCCGCUGAAAGGAUACUACUUGCAUGAGUCGUUGGAGUUCGUCCCUACGAAGGAACACUGGAGGUCUUCGAUCGACGACGCGGUCGGCAUUUACGCUCAGGACAUCCUGGCGAUUGCAGAGCUCACCGGCGAUGAAUUAAAAAUACGACCGGCAAGAAUCGCGUUGAACGUCGUCUCCUCAAUGACCGAUUUGGCGCAGAAAUAUCAAUUGCCGGAAAUGUAGGUGGUCUUUCGAGUUCUUUUUGGGGCUGGCAUGCACCGAAACCUCGUAUACGAUCUUUUCAGCAACAAGCUCGGACUCCGCCGCCGCUACGCAGCCCCUUCGUUUGUUGAGGAGAUAUAUCGGGCCGGACUAAUACCACAACCAAUUCUGACCUUUACCCACGCCCAAACCCAAGGCUACAGGUCCAUCUACCUCGGGACUCGGCAUGAUUUGCAUUGCGAUGAGUGGAGCAGGGUGCCAUUUGCUCACGAUGUUGAAUUUAUGUUCGACAGCGUCGAGGUGGACUUCCUGGGACACCAGAAGAGCGGAAACUUUCGAGUGAGCAAUCUUCCACCAUACAAAUUAUGCAGUAUUUUUUCAGACUAUGCUCUCUGAAGGACGGAUAUUGUACCUCCAACCGCAAGUUAUCAGCUUCCUGCUUGCACAAAAAGCGGUGGUACUUAAAGAGAAUACCGAUUAUGUCUACUAUUUGAAUCCGAUUUUUGCCAACUCAACGCUGAGCUGGACGUUUUCAACCGGCUUCAAAGUUGCGUUGACCACCGAACUCACCACGUACAAAACUCCUUCGUUCAUUGAGAUUUAUUUGAAAGCAUUGGAGCCGAAUCCUGACAAUGUUCAGUGGAUUCUGAAUCAUGCCGUGUUUUACAAGUAUUGCGUUGCGUUUGAUUACGGUGCUAAUGCGGCGCUUUUCGCUUACUGUAGGGAUUGUUUUUCGAAUAAACUUGAAGCAAGCUAUGAAAGGAGAGCACGGUAUUGACAAGCAACGGGUUAUUGACAUGUGUUUGGAGCAGAUGACAAAUCAGAGAGAAAUGUACAGCGCGGAUUGUCCAAACUUUUAAGUGGGUAACAUUUUCGAUAACGGAGGGAGGUACUAUGAGCAUGUCGUGAAAAUAGUGGCUGAUCGUAACAAUGAGAUCCUCGGUUCCUCGUCAACACGAUCAGACACCGAGUCUCCUAAUACGCUGUCCUUGACAAGCUCUCUCAACAUUCCAACAUUCACCUAUGACCUCUUUGUUCUCCCAAAUACCACCAUAUACAAGAUGGCCAAUACACACGAUGUAUUCUAACUGUCCACACACGCUGUCGGCCAACCGCUCGCUCAGGCUGUGACUUCCAAACUAUGAUCCAAACUAUGAAAUAGUAGAAAGCAAAUAAAGCCAAUCCGGAGAUGGUGUCGGUCCUUCUCCGUUAUCGACGAGCCGCACCCAUUACGCAAAAAAAAAAUGAAAAUAUAAAACCCAUAAUCCCAGCGGCACUUCGCACCUUUUGUGGGGCAGGAACGGUGGACAUCAGUUCGAAUGCGUCUUGUUUUUCAUGUAAUAUUUAUUCUGCUAUUGGCUCGAGGCAUCUGUAGCGCCCCGAGGGUCUACGUGUUUACUGUGUCAUUGGAGGAUUUUAGGCUGCGAUCGGUGUACGUCGGCACGAACAGGACAUUGUUAUAUGCGGACUUGUCAUUCGCAAGUCCCGACAAUAUCAUCAUUGAUGGAGUUUGUGAGCCGAAUUACGGAAAAUGCCAAAAGUAUUGUGAUGUCCGUAAGACGUAUAACAUAAUAAUAAACUUUUUGCCUUAGCCACUCUAUGCUCAAUAUACUGCAAUCCGAUUUGCUGCAUGUCAACUGUUUUACGGCGCCUGCGAUGCGACGGUCGGUUCAUGGACCAGUAUCAACACGAGUCAUCCGAAUUUGUGCCGACGAAAGAGUACUGGAGGUCUGCCGUCGACGAUGCUGUUGGAAUUUACGCCGAUGACGUUGUAGCGAUCAGGGACGGGACUAGCUUUGAAAUGACUGUACGGCCAGCAAGAAUUGCGCUGAACGUCGUGUCCUCAAUGACGGACAUUGCACCUGACGUCAAUAAGCGGGAAAAGUAAGCAGAAAUAUGGUUGUCGGUUUGUCGGGAAAAUAAUGAGCUAUUUCGUCGCUGAAAAAAAAGCAAUUCGGUUUUGCCGCGACACAAUUCAUUUUCUCGGCGGCGAUGCGAUUUUCCGUGCGACAGAGUGCUUAUUACUUACCCGGCAGACUGAUAUCUCUCUGUUGGAAAAAUAACGUGGAUUUGUCGCAGCAAAGUCUCUGGCCUCGUCGCAGCCACAAAAUGCCUUGUCCCGGCUAGCUGUCGCAAAGCGAUGAGAAGCGAUUUCAAGUGCGAUCAAUCCACAGUAUUUUCCCGACACACGGACAUAAUACGUACUAUGAAUACUGUAGCAGAAGAUGAGCUUGGCUUUGAUGGGGAUAAAAUCCGAUUUUUAUUUAUUUAUUUAUUCAGACUGACAAGACCGGAUUUCAUAACCUCCAUUUCUCAAAUUUCAGCAACAAACUCGGCCUGAGGCGUCGUUACGGGCAGUCCUCGUUUAUACAAGAGCUGGCUCAAAACAAAAUAAUACCAAAGCCCGUGAUCAGCUUCACGCACGUCAAAAUCGCUGGCUCUCGGGCAGUUUACUUCGGGGCCCGACAUGACUUGUACUGCGGCGAAUGGAGCACAGUGCCGUUUGUGCAUGAAGUGGAAUUCAUGUUCGACACGAUAGAUGUGGAGUUCUUUGGAUACAAGAAAACGGGCAACUUCAGGGUAAGUUUUACACGGUUUUUAUUACAGAGAGCUCUGUUCCUGCGCCAAUGAGUGCCCACUGUUUUCUCGACAGUCUGAGAGCAAGAACAAAUCAUGUUUUUUUAGACUAUGCUAACGGAAGGACGAACAUUUUCCCUUCACCCAGAAGCAAUUAGUCACUUGUUGGCUCAAAAAAUCAUUGACUUGAAAAAUGAGACCGAUGACACGUACUAUGUCGAUGCCGCGUUUAAAAACACAACACUGCACUGGACGUUCUCCACCGGGUUCCGGCUCGAAUUCUCGGCGGAAGAUGCAAUCUACGGAACUCCGACGUUCUCGCAGAUCUACCUCAAGGUGCUGUGGCCGAAUCCGGACAAUGUUCAGUGGAUCCUGAGCCAUGCGUUGUUUUACCAGUAUUGUGUUGCAAUCGACUAUGAAGCAGAUGUUGUUCAGUUUGCUGUGUGCACGGCGUGCUAUGCGAAUAAACUUGGUAAAGUGUGUGGCUUUUGGAGAGGAAGACUACUACACUUUUUCAAAAGUUCAUAUCAGUUAGUCGGGAAAAUAGUGAGCACAAUGCCGCUGCCCCAAUCAUGUCGCUGAAGUGGCAAUUUGAUCUUGCCGCGGCACGUUUCAUUUUUUCAGCGGCGACGCGAUUUUCGCGACCGUGUGCUUGUCUUCCCGACAGACAGGCACAGUAGCCACUGGUCCAGUGGCAAGAAACGUACCACUUUGCAUCCGUGAAGUAUCAAAAAAUGCAGCAAAAUACCUCCUCAAGCAAAGUCCGCUCUUUUUGUGAGGGAAAGGACGCGCUUUUCAAAACGGAGUUUUUUAGUUGGAGAGGUAGGCAAUAUGCAACAUUUUUGAUGCUUCCCGGAUGCAAAUGGUACGUUUUUUGCCACUGGAUCAGGUCCGUCACUGUACUACGCUUUUUCAAGAAUGCCAGAUUUUUUGCACAAACUCAGUUCCGCAAUCUCGCAGGGACUCCGUUGAAAAUGGCUAUGGCUACAUGAUCUUUUUAUUUCCCAGAGCAAAAUGGGGUUUUUGCACCGGCUCAGAGACGAAAAGUCUACGCACUUUUGAAUAAGGUUAGAAACUGAACUUUCUAAAAUUAGAAAAAGUGAUUGGAUUGUAUGUUCUCGCCAUGUCUCCGCCGAGCAUUCAACGGCUAUUCUAGACCUCGUUUUCACCUCCUAUAAGUCUGUCGGGAAAAUAAUGAGUACUCUGUCGCAUCGAAAAUUGCAUCGCCGCCGAGAAAAUGAAUUGUGUUGUGGCAAAAUCAAAUUGUAUGCAACCUUUGCAGAUCAUAUUAUAAUAUCGAAAGUAUCUCGAUGAAAAACGCACUCACUUUUCCCCAUCAAGAGAAAUCCAAAUUUAAUUAAAUUCCACUUUCGUUUGAGUUGCGUUGAAAAGAGACAUGGAGCAUCUGGGAUGGGAGGGAACACCGUUUUUUAUUCACCCUUUUUGAUGAGAUCUUUUCAACAUUAUUUUUUACGAUUCGUAGGAAAACAUGAACAGAGAAUAAUAAAGGUUUAUUCGACUUGAUCUCUUUUUUAGCUCCUUGUUUUUGAGUUUGCGUUAAAAAUCGAGGAUUUUUGAUUUUAUAAGUCUGUCGGAAAAAUUGUGAGCACUGUGUCGCAGAUCGCAUCGCCGCCGAGAAAAUGAAUUGUGUCGCGGCAAAAUCAAAUUGCUUUUCAAAUCAGCGCAUUGGCACAGCGUCUUUGUGCUCAUUAUUUUCCCGACAGACCGAUCUUUCAGGUUGCCGUAACGAAAUUUAUGCUUGGUGCUGAAGUUAUAAAAGCAAUUUGAUUUUAUCGCGACACAAUUCAUUUUCUCCGCGGCGAUACGAUUUUCCAUGCAAUAGAGUGCUCAUUAUUUUCCCGACAUAUUGAUAUUAUGCGCUUUACCGCGACAUAUCUUCCUCUUUCUUUCCUUUUUUGCCCCUCUUUCCCCUCUCCUCCACCUUCGAAUUUCGGCCACAAACACAAUCACAUCGCAAGCCGGAAGAGGGUCGAGAAAUCAGGCAUGCCCAUGCUUGUGCGUCCUUCUACACUCAUCGUCUCCGGGCUUGAUUCCGAGGCGAUGGGGGAGAGACGAAAUCGCGGGGGUGACACCUGUUUCAAAAAAAUCUAUUUUUCGUGUUUCUGGGCCCUCGGGGCGAACAUACGAUUCCGCUUUUUUCGUCCUCGAAAAAAGUUUUUUGGAGGAAUUGGGACAUGACGAAUUUAUGGGGAUGGUUUUGUUGUUCUCACCGCUUAUUGGAAGAACUAAAUCUACCGCUUUAGUUUUAUUAAGAAAUUUCGAAAUUUUUGACCCAUUUUUAGGCAGUGAGGAGUAUAUCACUGCCUAAUUCGAUUAUUUCUCUUUUUGCUAUCACUAAUAGGGAUGAGUCUGUCGGGGAAAUAAUGAACGCAAUGUCGCUGCGCCAGUCGGGUCGCUGAAGUGAAAAGAAAUUUGAUUUUCUCCGCGACACAAUUCAUUUUCUCGGCGGUGAUGCGAUUUUCGAUGUGGCAGAGCGCUCACGAGAGUAUGGUCAAGGAGUUGACGGGCCGCUAUAGCAAAAUGAGGUGGCGCGCCGUCUUGUUGAAAAACAAGACUGGCAAGGGCCAAUUUUGCAUAAAUUCAAAAAUUUUUGAAAAUUAAAUUUUUUUAAAAAUUUACGUGAAAAAGCAUGUUUGACUUUGAAGGGACAUAAUUCGACGUAGGAUUGGUCAUUUUUAAUGAUCAUUUUUUUAAACAAAAUGGCAACUACUAAGGAAUAAAAUGAGCUAUUGCUCAAAAAAUUGAACAAUCCUAUAAAAAGUUAUAAGCAUUUUACUCUACAUCCGCGAACUUAGCUGAACCACCCUGUAUUUUUUCUCGAAAUUAUUUUAUUCCUUUUGUCAGUUGUGACACUUCGUUUGGACGAAACUCAAAAGUGGGCGGGAGACAUUUUUGUUCUAUUUCGGUUUGCCGUGCGUAGUGGCGUAUUUUAACCCCAUUUUGCAGAGUGCAUUUCACCUUUUCGCAGUUCAUCCCUGUGAUUUUUAAUCGUUGGCACAGUGCAAACCGCUUUUUCAAGUCUGCACUGUCUACGCACUUUCGAAAAAGACCCAAUAUUUCUCUUCCUGUCAGGGGUUUUACAACCACGUAUCCAAAGGUAUCUUUGAUAUACUUAGAAGAUCCUUGUGGUUUGCAUAUUUUUAAGAGGAGAGCAGCGCUUUGCACCUCUUUUUUGAGCGGCAGGAUGCAUUUCACAUUGAAUGCGAUGAAGAAUACUUCCCGAUGACAUGCUAUUUUACGGCACAAAGUCCGUGCAGCUUGCGCAGUGGGUUCUUCUAUGAUUUUUCGCGGACCACCGCCGUGAAUUUUCGUUUUUACCCAAGCGACAUGCACUUCUUCGCGAAGCGACCCCAAAUUUCGCGUGCGACGCCAGAAAAUAAAUUCUACGGACUUUACGCCCCCAAGUAGCAAUUGCUUUGUUUUUAUUGUCGUUUAAGCAAUCAGACAUUAGCUUUAUAACUUUUCUCUCGUAUUAUUUUUGUUUGCCAUUUGCUAACGAGUUAUAUGUAAUCCGACACCCUAUGCAUGCCUUCAAAUCCCAUCUUUUUUGAACUUGUGUGUUGAACUUUACUCUCAGAUGACACUCGUUUUCUUUGAAUUAAUUCCGGACAAUUCGGUCCAAUCCGUUUAAUAAAUGCUUUACAUAAGUCAUCAGCAUUUCCCCCAGAACUUGUUGAUUUUCGAAGACGGACCCGCUCGACUCUUGUCUUUCGCCGUCUCGGGCCCUAAUUCCCGGCCAUUAAGUGCACACGAAACGACAAUUGUUUUAUAAAACGUGAUGUCACGAGGCGCCCGAACCCAGGAGGUAUUCCCCAUCUCGAAAAUAGAGGCCAUCGGCCGCGAAAACACCCGAGAAAACACUCUUUUUUGCCUGUUUUGAUUGGUGAGGCCAGCUCGAUAUUUGGAUGACUAAUCGGUUUUCUUUUCCUCUAGGAACUUCUCUACGAUAAACUUUGGUUCAACGAACCCGUCUAUUACAAACAUCAGAGGUCUCAAGAGUCAGUUAGGUCCGCUAUGGGUCAAAACGAACCUUUUAUACAACGAAAGACUCUAAGCAGUCCAAAAAGCUCGUUUUCCCAUAGUUCGGUUGCUGUAGGGGAAAUUCAGUUCUUCAGGAAAUAAUAAGCACUCCGUCGCAUCGCAAAUUGCAUCGCCACUGAAAAAAAUCAAUUGUGUCGCGGCAAAACCAAAUGGUUUUUCAGUUCGGCGACAUUGUGCUCAUUAUUUCAGUGCAUACAUGCCCGCACUUCUUGGCCCGGCUAGUAUAAUAUAUUACGCUAAUGCGUAGACAUUUUUUCGCGGCGUAAAAUGCUUCGAAAAAAGCCUACAGUACGGCAAUCUCCCUUGUGAUCUGAACAUAUUUUACUGAUUUUUGUGGAACUGAAAACCAAUAUUUUUUUCAAAUUGCGAGCUAAAAAUCUCGUUGAAAUUUCAUCAAUCUUAAAUCAUCGUGCUUGUGAAUCGCAUGGAGUACUACAUGCAGAAUCUGAUGCAAACUAUCCUGAAUGUUUUCAGAAACUCCUUGGAGAAAUAAGCCGUCUAUAACAAUCACAGUGGUAAUUGAAGGGUCAGCCAAGAAGUCAAAGCCACUAAGAAAUCUCAGCCCAGCCAGUGACCUCAAGGAUGCAGAGCAAGUGAGUUUUUUUCUAUUUUCAUCAUUCACAAAGGAAGGGUUCCAAGUGCGACGUUCAGAUUUUGAUGAAAUUUGGCAAGAGUUUUAAUAAUGGAUAAAUUUUUUUCAGGCAUCUCCAGAUUUCCUAGAUUGCGCUUUGGAGAAAUAUACAGAAAUCACCGAGAUUUUUAGGUCAAAAGUUGAUGAAAUUUGGCAUUUUUUUGCGAAUUUUGACAUGAAAAGUUUCAUCCCUGUUUCUACCGCAGUAAAUAAUGUUUUCACAAAAAAAAUCAACUUUUUCCGCACGAUACUGACAAAGGUAUGGGCAAAAAAUUCCGUUCUCCGCGUUUAGUGUACUCUCUCGGUCGCAAGGAUUGGUGAAUAUCUCGGCCGCGCCUGCAAAGCGCGAGCUGAAACUUUCGGAAUUGAUCUGAAAUUUUUAAUGGCCUGUGCCCGAAAUGGCUGCAGAAUAUAG